AUUUUGUCGGAAAUGUUCGGAUUACGAACUUAGCGGACACCACUAAAAUAGACAACAUUUAGUGUGGGUCGUUAUGGCGGUUUGUAGACGCACCGUACUACAGGUCAAUACGUCGUUUUACUUUCCUUUAAAAACCACUAUCCAGAUUUAAGCGUUACUGAUUUGCAACUUCAGCCCCCGAGCUUUAUACGUGUUGUUUACUUGAUGCGAGGUAAGCUGAUUUGAAAAUGUUUAAGCGUUUGUUUUACAAGAAACGCCGAAGAAUCGACAUCUCAGUCCCACAAAACUUCGAGCAUCGAUUUCACACUGGUUAUGACAAGGAAACAGGGAUAUUUCAUGGUCUUCCUCCUCAGUGGGAAGCUUUACUUGGAAUAAAACGAGACAAUCCAAAGAGACCCAAACCCAUCGUGGAUCCAGAAAUUAUUACUCAAGUCUCGCCGCUACGAAAAUCCCAGUGGAAUUUGCUUAAUGAAAAAGGAUCUGGUAGUAAAGUCAUUUCCGUCUCAAGAUCCAAUUCUCUUCGAAAUUCCUUUAGAGUUAAUCCUGGCUCUAGACCUAGAAAGAUUGAAAGGACAAAUUCAGAAAUUGCCGAAGAAGUCGAUUCGGCGACAGCUAACGGAAAGGUUCCUAGAGUGGGUUACCAGCGAAGAUUCUCUCAAGGUCACGAACGCCAGUACUCCGAUAGAAGCUAUGAUCACCAACAAAAGAUACCUGUUAUACGGAGAGAAACUUCUGCUAGCUCGGAUUAUGGAUCGGCGAGUACAGAUUCUGGAGAAAAUGCCGAGAACGGAGGAGACGAUCUUCGCAGUUCCUCGAAGACAAAACUCAUGUACUCCGAUUCGCCUGUCACUCACCAACAAUUUCGCAAAGCUCUAGAAUUAGUUGUCACGUCGACUGAGCCCCCAGACAAUCUGGACAAUUUUAUUAAAAUUGGUGAAGGUUCGACUGGGGUCGUUUGUCUAGCUCGAGACAGAAAAACAGGCAAACAAGUUGCUGUAAAGAAAAUGGAUUUGAAGAAACAGCAAAGGAGGGAACUUUUGUUCAAUGAGGUAAGGGGUUAAUAUUGAGACGGACAAUGACGUUGAUAUUUUGACGUUGCUUUGACAUUCUUGAGGUCUGUCAGCGUGCUUUCAGCACGUUAGAUAGAAACUUUAUUAAUAAGUUUUAUUCUUUAUGUCUCAAAUUACAUUUGAUCGCAAUAAAAUCAAAGUGAAUCUCGUAAGUUUUUUCUAACAACAGAAAAACUUGUUUAGAUUGACAACAAUGACUUAUCACACUUUGGAAUCUAACGGAUAUCUUAAUUGUUUGAAACUUGUAACUGAGUAUCCCUUAUUUUUAUAAUUCAAUAUUUUUAAUUUUCACUUCAUUCCACAACAUAGACAUGAUCCUUUUUUCCCAUUUUGUGCCAAAAAGGCUUGAAUGUGUGCAUAUCUCAUAAAUGAUUGUCAUAAAUUGUUAUUUCAUAUGUAAACAUAUCUUUGUUACUAACCAUCUUUACUUUGAAUUGUUUAUGAUAAAUGUUUAUAAAGAAAAUGGCUUUAGAUUUUGUGAUAGCUUCUUAAUUUUUAAUCAGCUGGUAUUUGUAGGUGAAUCAAUCUAUUUAUUGUGUACUAGAAUGUCAUCAUUUGGGAUUUUUUAGGUGGUUAUAAUGAGAGAUUACCCUCAUCCCAACAUAGUAGAAAUGUAUGGCAGUUAUCUCGUUGGAGAUGAACUUUGGGUUGUCAUGGAAUUCCUUGAAGGAGGAUCAUUAACAGAUAUAAUCACCCACACAAGGUGAGAGAUCUUUUUUUACAGGUUGAUCUCUAGGGUGAGGUUGGGAUCCUGCCUAGCAAAUGUGGCAGGUGUCUUGUCAGGGGAGGGAAGGGGAAGGGAAAAGGAAGGGGGAUGAGGAAAGAGGGUAUUUGCCCUAUUCUUUCCAUCCCCUUCUUUGUGUCUGCCACGCAGGCUAGAACCUGCUUUAAGGCCAACUCAUUUAUUUGGCUACACUGACAUUAUCAGGGUUGUCACUAAGGUUUCAAGUUCCUGUGUUAAUACAACAAGUAGGCAGGUAAUCAAACAGCUUGGUUCUAUUUUUCUUCUAUUUUCCUAUGAAAGUAGCUGGGGGCCACGUUCGUACUAGCUAGAAGAAAUCCCCAGCCCCCACCUCUUAAUAACAACCCUGUUUUUAGUAUCGCCACUUUGAUUUCAAUGUCCUGGUAACAUGGCAAGAUGUUCUCUUUCAAGAGAGUUGGUUAGCAGAUUGUUGUGGAGCUUAAAAUAUAGGUGACCUCCCUAACAUAAAAAAUUGAAUUUUUGCUCAUUUAAGUCAACAGUAAUUGCUACUCGAUCAUUCCAAAAGUCUGAGAUGAGGAAAUAAAAGUAAAAACUCUCUCACUUUCUGUGAUUUACCUUGGACCAUUUCAUUUGAUCAGGGAUGUCUAUGAUUUGGUGAUUCCAUCAUUCUGCAAAAUAUGGAAUGGCCAAAACACAGUAAAAUCCCUGAUCAACUGGGAUUUUUCCACAAUUUGAAAACCUGGCUAAGCAAAAGGGUGUCUCAGUGUUAUAGCAAGGUGACUGCUAGGAAAAAGUUAACUGACAAGUUGUCUUGUUUGUUUUUACAGUCUGACAGAGGAGCAGGUUUCCUGUGUAUGUCGUGCAGUUCUGAAAGCCCUGGCAUUCCUUCAUCCCCAGGGAGUAAUUCACAGAGAUAUCAAGAGCGACAGUAUUCUUCUUACCACUACUGGGCAGGUAAUGUAAACACUGAAGUAUUACAUGAGCAAUAUAGAAGAUUAAUGAUCUACAUGGGAGAUUUUCUGUUCUUCUCAUCAUCAUCAUUAUCGUCAUGUAGAACAUAUUUAUUUUUUCUUUAAUUAAUAGCUAAUUUACACUUAGGUUUAAUCAUAUUUAGCCACUAUCAUCACCUCUUAGCCACCCAUAUUGGCAAAAUGAUCCUUACUCUGAAAGACAAUUAUUUUGAUUCCUGAUUUGUGCAGGGUGGCAAAGGGUGUUAAACAAGCUGAAAUGAGUGUGAUUUCAUGGAAUGGUCUAGCUACAUGCACACAGCAAAACAAUGAAGAGGAAAAUCUGGUCUUUCUCUGUACCCCCUACUUCUGGAUAAAAUUUUUUUGGUUUUCAUCUUUUUUAAUGUAAAAUGUUUCUGUUAGUUCUGGAAAUGUCAAGAAUGGAACAGUAGACAUCAAAGCAUUUGCCUGUUUUAUUUUAAUCUUCCAGGUGAAGUUGUCAGAUUUUGGAUUUUGUGCUCAAGUGACAGAGGAGAUGCCAAGAAGGAAGUCACUUGUUGGUACACCAUAUUGGAUGGCACCAGAAGUUAUAUCAAGAAAACCUUAUGGUACUGAGGUAAGAAGAAACCUUUCAACCUAACGUGUACUCCCUUCUUCAACCCUGACUGUUCAAUGUUCUUUUAGCUUUGCCAGACUUUGCAGGUGAGUGUUAUCUUUCCCCAUACAACCCAUGAAAGGUUCACAACUGUAUUAGGGUGUGUACCCGCGGUUUUUUUUAGAUCAUGGGUGAGAUGAGGUAAAUUGAAACAUAAUCAACAUUGUUACCAUAUCCUUCUCCAUUCCUUGUUGCCUUCUGUAUUUUUAUUCAUGUUUCUUUCUUAAUGCCUUUGUAUUACUUUAUGUGCCAUCUUUUACCUCUUGGGUUGCAAGGGUGGCGCAGUGUUGAGAGAACUCGCCUCCUACCAGUGUCGCCCAGGUUCCAACCCCAUGUUGUGGCCAUGUAUAUGUGAGUUUGUCGUUGGUUCUCUCCCUUGCUUUGAGACAUUUUCUCUGGGUACUCUGAUUUUUUCCUCUCCCUAAAAACUAACUUUUCCAAAUUCCAAUUUGAUUUGGAAUGCACAGACAUGUUUAAAUGAGUUCUUAAGAACACGUAAGUGCUUUGUGGGUAGACAAAUUACUUCAGCGUGCAAAGAAAGUAGUGUCCGAUAGCCCGGGGCUAGUGGAUUUUGCUAUCGGGCUAGUGAAUUCUGUUAUUAACUUGCCCGACGGGCAAGUGAAGUUUUUUGAGCAAUUCAAGUUACAGAAGUACCUUGAAAUCAAUCUGCUCAUCAAAACAUUUUUGGGGCUAGUUGAAAUGAUGUUUGGGGUAGUAAAUGUUAGCUUUAGCUUGCCCGAAUGGCAAGCUGUAAAAAUGACUUUCUUUGCACCCUGUACUUUAAUUUUUUUCAUCACCUGUAUUACUUUUGAAUAGAGGAAAAUAAAAUACAAGACGCUGCGAAAGUCAUUGUCAAUAAAUUAAUACUGUAGUUUUGUUACAAAUGAUAGGCUGAUAUUUGGUCUCUUGGAAUCAUGAUCCUUGAAAUGAUGGAUGGAGAGCCACCUUAUUUUAGUGAGCCCCCGUUACAAGCCAUGAGAAAACUACGAGAUAUGGAUCCACCAAUCACAAGAACAAAUGAAGAGGUGAGUGCACCAGGAUCAUCCUUUGAAUUUAAGGCUUGGUGAUUUUGAAAGAAGAAGUAUGAAAAUAGAGUUGGAUUGACCCACACGAGUUUUCUCUUAACAAUAUCCAUACAUUGUCAAGAGAAAAUGUUAUGAGAAUAAAUAACAUGACCAUCAAAGAGAAAAUGUUUUGGUCUUUUAUCAAAUUCUCUCAACUAGCUCUUUAAGGAAACCUAUGAAUAUCAGUAUGGAGAAUUUGUAUGUGGAUAUUGGGGCUUAAUGGGGUGAGAACAGUUUGUUGGGUUGGUUAUCACGGGAACAUGCUCUGCAAGGGUACAGAUUUUGUCGGGUGCAUGUUCACUUAUGUGAUCAACUUAUUCAAUUGGCUUUUGCUUUGAGAAAUAAAUUAAUGAAAAAUUUGCCCUUCUGACAAAGCAGACAACAUUUAAAUUUCCAAAAGAGGAACUUAGAGAUUCCUACAUUUUGUUCUUCUUCACAGAUGUCUCCUCGACUGUUGUCAUUUUUACAAAGAACCCUUGUACGUGAUCCAGCGCAGAGAACUUCAGCAUUUGAACUCCUGAAUCAUGCCUUCAUACUCAGUACAACUAAUUCUUCAUCACUUGCGGAUAUGAUGAAAAGCUUUCGACACAGUGUUUGUUAGUCAUGGCACUGCAGACAUUGGAUCCAAUGAACAAUACAAACAUUGAAAGCAUACGUGAAUGUACAUAGAAGCAUUGGGAUUACUGUUUGAACUUGUAUCGCAAGUAAGCUUGCAAAUACAAUGAACUAAUAAAAUUGCUCAGCUCAGAGCAAUGCCAUGAAGAUGGAAUAAUGGUCGAGGAUUGUUGGGAUUUCAUACAUGCAGUCAUGGCUCUUUCGUACAAGCCUUUUAUCAAGAAGCCACAAGUUGGCAGCUUGUUAUAUGUUUCUCUGCUCAUCAAACGGCUUUGAAAUAAUUUUAAAACACGAGAUGUCCCUGCUUUUUAAUGUUAAUGAACUUUUCAAUAGAACUGGAAACAGUAAUAAUGAAAAAUGUAAGUACCAGUGUGUAGUAUUAUGGACAAUGUUAGGGUUGGGCAAUAACAUGUAAAAAGAAUGUUUUACAACCAAUAGACUGUUUUUACAUGUGUAAGGAGAUGUCUGUGUUGUAGUUAAUUUUUCAUCUCAGGUAAUUUUUGUUUUUCUUUUGUUUUUGGGUGUGGUAGUGUAUGGUACUGAAGUUAAAAGAGAAGAAAAAUAAAAAAAUUACCUGAUAUAAAAAAUUAACUAUAACAUCUGCAUUAAACUUUUAUUGCCACUUUAGAGAUAAGAAGGAAACCGGCUGGAGUUAGCUUUAACGGCCAAAAUCUGACCAGCGCAUCCCCAGUAACGAUCCAAGAAAUCCUUGUGAAAGCUAACUCAGCUCAGUUUCCUUUUUUGCUACUAAAGUGGUGAAUGGCCAGCCUUUUUAUCUUUGUAAUUUAUGUAUUCUAGUCCUGGAGGAGACUAUUUUCAUACAGAAAGGAGUGCUCAGGCCAUGAAUACAAGACUAUGAAAGCCUUUAUACCAGAUACUGGCCUUCUGGUAGAGUGUAUUGUAAAAAAUAUUAGGAAAUGAUGUGUGAUUUCCAGGAGGGUCACACUAUGUCUGU